AUGAGACCUGAUUUAUUUAAGGCUACUGUAGCUGGAGUACCAUUUGUAGAUGUUGUGACUACAAUGCUUGGUCCAACUAUUCCUCUUAUAAUUGCAGAAUGGGAGGAAUGGGGUGAUCCUCGGAAAGAAGAGUUCUACUUUUACAUGAAAUCAUAUUCACCAGUUGACAAUGGAUACCACCGUUUAAUGCAGAAUCUCCACAGGGUGCAACAAGUCUUUGCCAACAUUAUGAACAGAGAUAUAACAUGGCCCAAGAUUCCUGAGGAGAUGAGCUAUGAAGCAUAUGAUCUGAUUAAUAAGUUGCUGACUGAAAAUCCAGCUCAACGCCUUGGUGCCAUAGGGGCUGUAGAGAUGGACCAUUUCUUUAAGAAUAUCCACUGGGACACACUUACAAGGCAGAAGGUUGAUGGAGGCAGCGAUUUCGAUGAUAUGUCUGAUACAGGCAGCACAUUUGGUGAUAAUUCUUUCGGCAAUAUGCUAGAGGAAGAGGUGAAUGCUCUGUUAUCUUAUCUAGAGAUCGAUAAUCAUGAGGGGUUGGUUAGGGAGCACAUGCCUGAUAGAUACGCAGAGCUGGAUCAGUAUUGGGGGGAGUCGCAACUCAUGGGGCUCGGGCCCCGUGCAGAUGGUUGGGCUGAUGAAUUUUCCCAAGAACACGGUGGGGACCCGAAUGCGUGGGCUUUAUCCUUGAGCAACAACAUGGAGCAAACGCAGAUGAUGUCUAUGGUCCGAAUGGCAGGUCUUCAACCUUCACAAACAAUGAUUGGACACUUACUAGAAAUGGAGAUUCUCGAUGCAAUGCUUAAAAGGGUGGAUCCUUUGAAUCCUGUCUUGCAGGCAUAUUUGAAAACAUUCGAUUCUUCUAUUCCUACGAGAAUCUUAUUACCACGUGAAGAAAAGAGGACCAAGAAGUUGAAGAAAGCUGAGCCUACCUCACCUGAGAAGAAAGCGAAGGGAUCAACACCAUCCAAAUCUCCAAAGAAGAAGCCAAAAAAUGUUGUUGUGAUAGUCGAAGCAACGCAAGUGAUUACGCCAAUAGCGGAAGAGUCACAAGAAAACAUGAUGUAUGAAGGUUUGAUUCCACAAAUUUCUCAAAUCUCCAUGUUUGAAAAUGAAAAUUUUGAAGGAGUGAUGAAGAUGUUGAAAGAGUUGAAGGAAAUAUCAUAA